CGCGCAGGUGCAAAAGGCCUUCCCCUGUGGUGGGCCCGGGGCUUGCUGUCUAGCGGAUACUAGGAGGUCGCACAAGUAAAGAGGUUUCAGACCCGGGAGAAAUGUGUAAGAUGUGGAUUAACUUCAACCGCAACUUUUCACUGCAGGUGACUUACCAUGCAGCUACCCAACCUCUGAAUUGCGGCCCCUCUACUGACAUGGCCCACCGGGGUGGGGAGAGGGACUUCCAGACAUCCGCACGGCGCAUGGGCACCUCGCUGCUCUUCCAGCUUUCGGUGCACGAAAGAGAGCUGGACCUGGUGUUUCUGGAUCACAGCUAUGCCAAGCCGUGGAGUGCCCACCCAGACGCCAGUAGUGCCCGCCCCACCCGCAUGCUCUUUGUUACUCCCCGGAGACAACACGAAAGUACCAUUGAAUCAGAAGUCCCAAUAGAUGUAGAGACGGUCACAUCCACUCCCGUGCCACUCUAUGACAAUCAGAAGGCACGCAGCGUGAUGAACGAGUGUGAGCGGCAUGUCAUCUUCGCCAGGACCGAUGCGGAUGCCCCACCCCCACCGGAGGACUGGGAGGAGCAUGUCAACAGGACUGGAUGGACAAUGGCCCAGAACAAGCUCUUCAACAAGAUUCUCAAAGCCUUGCAGUCCGACAGGCUUGCCCGCUUGGCCAAUGAAGGGACUUGCAAUGAGCCAGUGCUGCGCCGCGUGGCCGUGGACAAGUGCGCGAGGAGAGUGCGGCAGGCGCUGGCAAGUGUGAGCUGGGACACCAAGCUGAUCCAGUGGCUACACACCACCCUGGUAGAGACUCUGAGUUUGCCCAUGCUGGCGGCCUACCUGGAUGCCUUGCAGACACUGAAAGGGAAGAUCCCCACCUUGAUUGACCGGAUGCUGGUGUCGUCUAACACCAAGACGGGGGCUGCGGGAGCAGAGGCCUUGUCUCUCCUACUGAAGAGGCCCUGGGACCCUGCUGUGGGGGUGCUUUCUCAUAACAAACCAGGCAAACUCCCCGGCUCACCUCUGAUUCUCAUCGCCUCCUCCGGCCCCUCCAGCUCUGUGUUCCCCACCUCACGCCGCCACCGCUUCUGGCAGUCUCAGCUGUCCUGCUUAGGCAAGGUCAUCCCUGUAGCCACCCACCUGCUGAACAACGGCAGCGGGGUGGGCAUCCUGCAGUGUCUGGAGCAUAUGAUUGGGACCGUGAGAAGCAAAGUGCUGGAGAUUCACAGCCAUUUCCCACACAAACCCGUCAUCCUGGUUGGCUGGAAUACGGGAGCUUUGGUGGCCUGCCAUGUGUCGGUGAUGGAGUAUGUCACUGCAGUUGUCUGCCUUGGCUUCCCUCUGCUUACCGUGGAUGGUCCCAGAGGGGACGUGGAUGAUCCCCUCUUGGAUAUGAAGACGCCGUCCAUGGUGCGUUCCCCAUUCCUCGUCAACACCCUCGUUCAAGCGCAUCCAUUCUGCUUCCUGUUCACGGCCAGCUUUCACGUGCACACCGGGCCAUUGAAAAGUCUUGGAUCUAGAAAAAUAACCAACAGAGAUGAAGAAUUCAUUUUCAUUUCCCUGUGGUGCCCUGGCAUAAUGAAGGCGUCAACAUCUCUUUUUUCUUACAGAAUAAGCAAAGCAAAGAAGAAAUCCGAGGGGUUGACGCAGAGCAUGGUAGACAGAUGCAUUCAGGAUGAGAUUGUGGACUUCCUGACUGGAGUGCUGACUCGUGCUGAAGGGCACGUUGGCUCUGAGCCUCGGGAUCAGGACGCCGAGAAGAAGAAGAAACCCCGAGACGUAGCCCGCAGAGACUUGGCCUUUGAGGUCCCUGACCGGGGUAGUCGGCCUGCCUCCCCUGCCGCGAAGCUGCCCGCGUCACCCUCGGGCUCAGAGGACCUCUCCAGCGUGUCCAGCAGCCCCACCUCCAGUCCCAAGACCAAAGUGACUACAGUGACUUCUGCCCAGAAAUCCAGCCAGAUUGGGAGCUCUCAGGUGCUGAAGAGGCACGUGCAGCGCACAGAAGCUGUGCUGACCCACAGGCAUGCUCAAGCACAGUUUGCUGCUUUUCUGAGACAGAACAUGCUGGUGAGGAAAGCUCUUCCUCCCGGCACCUCCUCCUGUCUCUUUGUGCCCGUCUCAUCAGAACAAGCGGAGGACACAGAGAAAGAGGAUCUGCACGUCCAGCUGAAGCGGCACCUUCCCUCCAGCCCUCUUUCUGGCAGUAAGGCCUCCAAGCGGCCGAAGAUCAAGGUGUCCCUUAUCUCCCAAGGGGACGUGGCGGGCGGGCAGUGCGUCCCUUCCCAGGGAGGCGCUCCAGAAGCCCCAGGAGGGAAGCCCAGCGCUGUGACCCUGGGCCAAGCAUCCGCAGGGGCCAAGGAGCUCACAGGGCUUCUCACCACAGCCAAGUCAGCUGCUGCUUGUGAAGGGAGCCUGGCAGCCAGCCCCUCGGCCGUCUCUAGCAGCACUGCGCCCAGUGCCCUGCACACACUCCAGAGCCGCUUGGUGGCCACCUCUCCGGGCAGCUCCCUUCCAGGUGCCACAUCAGCCAGCAGCCUCCUCCAAGGCCUCAGCUUCAGCUUACAGGACAUCAGCAGCAAGACUUCCGGCCUCCCAGCAAAUCCCCCCCCAGGGCCCGCCCCACAGGCCACCACUGUGAAGUUGCCCGCCCCCAUGCAGAGCCUGGGGGCUAUCACCACGGGCACCAGCACCAUCGUCCGGACCAUUCCUGUGGCCACCACGCUCUCCUCUUUGGGUGCCACUCCUGGGGGGAAGCCCACAGCCAUCCACCAGCUGCUGACCAACGGGGGCCUCGUCAAGCUGGCCAGCAGCCUCCCCGGCCUGGCUCAGGUCUCUAACCAAGCACCAGGCUUGAAGGUUCCCACCACCAUCACCCUGACACUGCGUGGCCAGCCAAGCCGAGUCACCACCCUGAGCCCCAUGAGCUCAGCAGCAGCUCUGUCGGAGGAGCCCAGCCCCCAGGCCCUGCCCUCCGGCCCACAGCCAGGAGUUGUACUUGAGGUUAGUUCUUUGAACACGCUGCUUUCCAGCCCCGCCCCUUCACAGAUGUUGGACUGUGCCCCUUCACGGCUACCUUUCGAGGGCACAGAUCAAAUAUGUGCAGUGUUAAACGGUGAUCGAGGAGCCCCUCCCCCAGUUGGAGCGCCUGCCUCCAGCCCCCUGAAGAUGCCGUGCGAUGCAACCUCCAUGACCAGGCUGGUGCUGGCUGCUUCGUGGUGUCCUGGGCACGUGUGCUGUCCCGCCUGCCCGCAGUCCUCCUCGAGAUAGUCAGUUUGCCUCCCUGCCAACUGCCUUCAGAGUUGAGCGUUCGGGUCUCGUGAAGCCAUUAGGUUAGGUGAUUCAGCGCCAGCAGGCAGCACCGGCCCCUAGGAUCGGCGAGUCUGGUCUUCCUCAGAGGACCCGGCUGUGGCGGAGCAGAGCGUCUCCCUCCCCCUCCUCGGCCAUGGUCUGACCAAGUGUCUGUGUGGGACUGCUCACUGCGCUUACUAAAGGAGUUUCUUCCAGAAGUCAGUGCUGCUGCCCCCGGUGCAAGUUGGGAGGAGAUGCCCGCACGGUCCAGGCCUGGGGGAGUCAGCUUGAGAACUUUGAGGACUGGGAUCAGCCUGGCCCUGGGCAGUGGCGCAGGCAGAGGGCUUGCUUUGGACAUUGUUGACUUCACUCUCAGUGGCUGUGGAAGACUGGGCCCCAUGCACUGCCCUGUUUAAAAUGACAACUGUUGAGCGGCCUGCUGAGACCUGGAAACUUGUGAUUGUCCAGUCCUCUACAGCAGUUUCAAAGUGAAGACCGAGAGAGGUGGACGGUGCCCUUUGGCCAACCUAGGUGUGGGGGGCAGCAGUUGCCAGGCGGUGAACACAGACCCCUCGCCGGGCUUUUGGAAGCCCCUGCGUGCAGGGGUCGUUGGUCUAGAGAAGCCAAAGACACGAAUGAAGCAAUAAAGGAAGUGGCUUGAAGGACAUUUGGAGGUCCGUGGGGCUCUGCGGUUGGGGUCUCAGCCUAAGGAACCGUUGUGGCAUCCGAAUGUGAGCGGGGAGAGGGCAGAAGCUCCAGUUCUUGAUUGUUCUGUCUCCAUUGGCUGGAAACGAAGUUUACAACUUGGCCAUCCCUGGGAGCCUGGGGCAUCAUGGCUACAUUGGCCACGCUCAGUGUUUCUUUCUAUUCCAUGUGAUCUUUCUUCCUGCACGGUAUUGGGGAGAUUACUGACAGAUGACUCCACUGCUUGGUACCAACCUAAGCCCUGGAGAUGGAGGUCCCUGGAGAGGCAGUCACUGAAGGAUGCUCCAAGCCCCGCCCUGUCUCCUCACACCACCUCUCUGUGUCGAGAGUCCUGGGUUUGGUGUGGGACCUGCCACCCACCGUCUCUUCCCUCUGAAUUGCAAAGAGUCAAAGUGACAAGACUGACCAAGUGGAGGGGCAUUCAGGGUAGGUGGGGAGGGCCUUCAACCUGCCUGCAACAACCCCUGGCCCCCAGGGCCAUGUAUCUCACAGCCAGGUUACCAGUGUUCCAACCAGGAGUUUCAACUGCCAGUGUGAGGGGUGGCUGGGAGGCUACUUCAUGCAUGCAAAAGCCUCUAACAGGAUAGAGGCGGGAGGG